AUGUCCAGCCUUGCCCUUUUCACCACUCUGACCCUCGGUGGUCUCAAAACCUUGACGAUGGCCAAUCCAAUCGCCCAACAAAUUACCCCAACUACACAACCAGAUGGUUAUCAAUCUGGCUACUCUACUCAAGACUGGGAACCCUACGGCCAACAAAGCGCCUGCACAAUCAACGGCGGCGUCUGCAGCGCCCCAACACCUCUCUUCCCCACCACCUCUGGCCCGGAUCAGCUGCCCGACGGCGUCUACGCAGCGGCGAUGGUAGGACUUGGGCCCGACGAUUGCACUGUCUGCGGGACGUGCUAUAGCAUCAUUAAUUCCGGGACACCGUACUGCGAUCCAAACGGUCCUGCUUGCCCGACUGGCAUAUACAGCGGCAAUGAAGAGCAAGACGGGCCAUCGCAGAUUAAAAUUUUGAUCACGAACCAUUGUCCCAAUUGUGCGAUGAUCAACGUUACUGGGCAGGUUCAGGGACACUUCGAUAUCAACCUCGCACCGGCUGGUUGGGAUAAUGCGAAAAUUUACUACAUGCAGCUGGACGAUUCCGACUGCACGUAG